CUGCUCUUGUAGCAUGUGACAGCCGGGUUCCCGGGACUGUCCUAUCCUGUUUGAGAUCUUGCAGUUCAGCCCUUCCAGCAAAUGUUCUCUUCCUCUCCUUUCGUUCUUAACUCACACUUGGGAAUCAAACUAAACAAAAUACAUGUCCCAAACAGGAAGCAAAUUUCUUGCAGAAAGUCAAGUAAAUAUCUAGACAAGAAGGUGCAGUGUCUGGGGUAUCUCCUAGGUGCUAUGAGGGGUUUGCUGUUGAAGUUGGUGUGCUGCAAUGAUUCUGCUGGUUCUGUGCAGCUGGGGUAGGAGCAAACUGAGCACACAAACCUUCCUUGCUGCGCCGAGGUACUGUUCCUGAAAACAAGAGCAGACAUGGUUUACACAGCGAAUGAAGCUUAAAUUCCUGGACCAAAAACUGAGGGCUUGUUUUCAUGAAGGAUGGCAACACCAUAUGUUCCUGUUCCUAUUCCUAUUGGAAGUUCAUCAUCCAGCUUUACAAACAGAAACCAAAGAAGUUCUUCCUUUGGGAGCAUUUCAACAAGUUCAAGCUCCUCAAAAGGACAGCUGGAGGACUCUACAGUUGAUAGUUUUAAAAAGAUGAGCAUGCCUGACCAGAUUGGUUCCACAUCAUCUGCCUGUAGCAGUCCCCUUGUUAGGACUAAAUUUACAGGUCUGGAUACAUCCAUAGAAUACAGUACUCAGCCUGUAGAAGAAAUAGAGCAGAAUGAAGAUUCCAGGACCUGGGAAGAUCGACCAUCCACACCUACUAUUCUGGGCUAUGAGGUGAUGGAGGAAAGGGCAAAAUUCACUGUAUACAAAAUACUGGUGAAAAGAAGUCCAGAGGAAAGCUGGGUGGUGUUCAGACGGUACACAGAUUUCUCCAGGCUUAAUGACAAGCUAAAAGAUAUGUUUCCAGGCUUUCGGUUGGCCCUUCCACCAAAGCGCUGGUUCAAGGAUAAUUACAAUCCUGACUUCUUGGAAGAUCGACAGCUGGGGUUGCAGGCAUUCCUCCAGAACCUAGUAGCUCACAAAGAUAUUGCUAACUGCCUUGCAGUGAGAGAAUUUCUUUGUCUGGAUGAUCCUCCGGGUCCUUUUGACAGUCUAGAAGAGAGCAGGGCUUUCUGUGAAACUCUGGAGGAAACAAAUUAUCGCCUACAAAAAGAACUGCUUGAAAAACAAAGGGAGGUUGAAUCACUGAAGAAAUUAUUAACAGAAAAGCAACUUCAUAUUGAUGCUGUUGAAAGAAGAAUUAGGGAUUUAUCUUUAGGAAAAAUGACUCGUCAAAUGUCAGGAGAAGAAAGUGAGUGCAGUGGUGAGGUGGAGUCUUCUGCAGUAGAAGCAGACCAGGGUACCCUGGGUGAGGACAGCUGUUUCCAUUUAUUGAUCUGUCUUUGCAGCUCAGACAAAGAGAACCAUGAGCCAUGCUGGAGUGGCUCUUUGGCUGGAAAUUCUGUCCCAGAAAUUGAAGUUGCUGAAGUAGCCUAUACCACGGAUGAAGAAUAGCUGAGCAGCAGUGGCUGUUACCUGGGAAAGGUUCAUGUUAAGGGUGUAUCUGUGGGUAGGAUCAUAGAGGAGCUGUGAAGAAUUCACAGCAAAGAGCAAGAAUGCACAUAUUGAAUGUUUACAUAAAUCCUUACAAAUUAUUAAUGUAAGAAAUAUAUCCAGUGCUGCUUUGAUUUCAGUUUUUAUCUAGCCUUUAUAUAUUUAAUAUAUUGAAGUCUAAUAAGGGCUAAAAUCAGCUAAAGUUUAGAUAGUGUAUAUACUCAAUUUGGCUGACUUUCCUAGCAGAAUGACAAAAGUUUCACAGUAAAUCAUGGAACACAUCUAACUCAUAUGUCAUAUAUUGCCACUGUUGUGACACAUUUGAUGUGUUCAUCUGUUUGGUAUUUGUGUUUUCUUAUAGCCAUAAAAUAAUGCUUGCUGAAGUGAAAAUGGACUCAUUUGUGUAUAGGAAUGGAGAAUGUGUUGGUUUUACAUUCUAAAGUUGAAGAAAGUUUCUCUGGAAGUUUUAUGCAAUGCAAUAGGAGAACUUCCAGUACCAAGAGCAAAGUAGUUACACGAUGGAAUCAUAGUUGGACAUUGUAAAAUGGUCAUUUUUGCUGAAAGAACUGAUCUGAGACCCCCAAAACACUGUGUAUUUUCAUCCCAAGAUAGCAUGCUGUAAUACUUUUUGUUCAGUAAUGCUGCUUUGAAAAUCUGGGAUACCUUUGUUAUAUACAUGUAACACGUAACAACAAAAUCUGUAAAUUUGCCUUUUACUCAGAACACUACCUCUUACCACCUUGCUAAUGCAUUCAUGUUUGUUUAAAAAUAUUCCAGAUUAUAUGGAGGCUAUUGAAAGACUUGUAAAGAAGCCAUAUUUUUUCCUGCACAGUUCAUAACUAGAUUGAAUCUAGUCGCAGUGUAUUUUUGUUUCAAUAUAUUGUACACAUGGGGAUGUUGGUACCUAUGUUGUAUAGCCUAUUUUUCAAAAUGUAUUAAGACAGGAGAUGCACUUUAUAAUUAAGACUCCAUUGUGCCAAGUUCAGUUGGCUAAUUAGUUGAGAAAUGGGAGUUGCAGCGAGAGGAUUAUGUAGUGCCUUUUUGUAUUUUACUUGUUCAUUACUGCAUAAUUUUGUUACAGUGCUCUGGGUCAGUUCUGUGGAAUCUUUGAUACAGCAUUUUUCUGUUCUUCCCUUAUUUACUGAAAGUGCCUUGUUUUAUUAUGCUUUUCCAAUAGAAAGAAUGCUGUUCUGUUUUAAUUUUUUUUUUCCCCUAUACCACCCACAUUGUUGUUUAAUGUUGUCAAUAUGCAAUGUCUUUGUGCUGGAGUUUUCAAAGGGAGCUUUGUACUUCAGGCUAUGCAUACAAUGACCUUUAUGCAGAACUGUAUAAACCUUCCUGGUGAAAUAAAACUACGGACAAAA